GAUGACGUCCAGUACAGCUGAAAUGAAGGGCCGAAUGAUAAUGCAGAUUUCUUUUUCACGGGCAAUCAAUGCACUUGAUAUUUUAAAACAAUGUGUAUAUUGCAAUAUGUGGUUUCUUUCGUUGCUAUGGCAACCAUAUCUCGCGUCGCCUCCUCUUUAGACACGCUUCACAUAAGUUCAGCUCGACCAAGGGGCCGUCGCUUUCUUUUUACACAGAAUAGUUACAGUAUGUGCACCAUGUUUUGUCCACUAGUAUGUCCACAGGGAUAUGUUCUAUCAGCAAACGGAUGUUUGCUGUGCCAGUGUACGACCAUAACUUCCGUUACUACGACAUCUUCAUUUCAACGUUCCUCAGUGCAAACCGUUCUGCAACCUUUUUCGCCAAUCAACGGCGGGAUAUUUCUGUCUAAACCCUGUAACCCUGCCGUACGCCACUGUCGUCGGCAGUGUACUCUUGGUUACCUACAGGGCGGCAAUGGUUGUCAGUAUUGUAUCUGUCAGUCAACGAUUGCCAGUCACGUGACAACGCCUGUUACACCCGUUCCGUCAACGACAGGACAUCAAGUAACAACAAGUGAAAAUGUAACAGUGUCGCCAUUAACUACACGCACCAGACCUACGUUGUCGCCAUUAAGCAUACGCACCAGACCUACGUUGUCGCCAUUAACUACACGCACAAGACCUACGCAGUCGCCAUUAAUUACACGCCCGAGAGUUACACUAUCGCCAUUAACACGCCCAGGAGUUACGACUACUACUGUUACUACAACGAUAAAACCGAUAUCAGCCAGAGUUACGACGCGGAUGUCUACAAGUCCAACUACAAACUACAAUGACCCUUGUAUUCCAUCACAGAAAACGUGUGAUAAGCCUUGUGGUGGAAGUUAUGUAAAAGGACCUGGCUGGUGUCAGUACUGCUUAUGUGCCAAAAAGAACGUGCAAAAAAUCCAGACAACAACCAUAGCACCAGGAGCUAUGACCGGGAAGUUUGCAACAGUGCCGCACUACCUUGACUUGAGUCCAACAUCAGAGGCAUGUAUUAUUGCAAAGGUAAUUUGUAACCAAAAAUGUGAUCAUGGUUUUGUUAGUCAUCCAAACGACUGUCUUUAUUGUUCCUGCAGGAAACAGGCUGAUGUUCCUGCAAAUGAUGAUCCCGAUGCCUUUUUCGUUACAUUACCAAACCCAUGCGUUAAACAAACACCAACCUGUGGAAUAAUGUGCCUUAACGGUUACGUCAUGGGACCACGUAAUUGUGAAUUUUGUUCGUGCAGAAAUUGAUAUAGUUUGUAUCAGAAUGAAGGAGUUAAGAGAUCUGACGUGAUUAAACUUUAAUUCAGACACAGAACAAUAAAGACUUAUUAAUUAGUUAUUUUUAAGGUGAUUUUUGUUUUAUGUAUAAAUUUAUUACCGGAAGCAAGGGAACGUCACCGCCGGCAUUUGACAUGCACUUUGCAGUAAAAAUAUUGUGCUUAGUGAAUGUAUGUCAGUCGAAUCGAAACUUGUGCAUAAUACAAUAAAUGCUUGUGUUCGUUAUUUUUUGUGGUAAUAUAGACAGUUGGUGUAUUCCAGUGAAGACCCCAUUACAUUAUCAUAUAAUAUAUCUUUUCUUCUGGCGUUAAAGCUUGCGUUACGA